AAUAUUUGAAACAAGCACUAUGAGACCUGUUAUCGAAUCAUUUCAACCACUAACACUCAUUACAAAACCCGAACCCAAGCCAUUGUGUCAUUUGCAUUGCGCUAUUCCCGUGAAGACACCUCAACAAACUAGUGGUACUCAAGCACCAAAUAAACACAACAGUUUGGUUAUUGAUUCCAAAGAACGUUAUCAUAGGCGAUCAUUGGGUCGACUUAAUAAGAAAUGGAAGGAGUAUCAUGGGUCAACAGGCUGGGAAGGCUUGUUAGAUCCACUUGAUGACGGUUUACGGUGUGAGAUUAUGCGAUACGGGAACUUUGUUGAAGCAGCGUACAAAUGCUUCGAUUUUGAUCCAUCAUCAUCAAGUUACGCUACAUGCCGGUACACAAAAAACUCAAUUUUGGAACGAGCAGGUGUCAAUGGAAGUGGGUAUCGUGUGACAAAAAACUUAAAUGCCACAUCAUCCAUUCCAAUGCCAAGAUGGAUAGGCCAUAUGGGAGUGCAGUCAAGUUGGAUCGGUUAUGUUGCAGUCUGCGAGGAUAAAAGUGAGAUUUCUAGGCUCGGUAGGCGAGACAUAGUAAUUGCAUUGCGUGGAACCACAACUUGUUUAGAGUGGCUCGAGAAUCUAAGAGGCACUCUAACAAGUUGCCCAUUCAACAAUGUGCAUGGUAUGAGAAGGGAAAAUGACGAACCCAUGGUGGAAAGCGGAGUUUUAAGUCUAUACACCUCGAGCACGUCAGUUUGCCCAAGCUUACAAAAAUCAUUAAAAGACGAAGUUUUAAGACUAGUACGUAAGUACAAUAAUGAGCCUCUAAGUGUCACCAUCACCGGCCAUUCUUUAGGAGCUUCAUUGGCAAUUUUAGCUGCCUAUGAUAUCAAAACAACCAUCAAACGUGAUUUACAUCUCUCGGUUAUCUCAUUCGGAGGACCUAGGGUUGGAAAUCGAAGUUUCAGACGCAACCUAGAACUACAAGGAACAAAGAUUCUACGUAUAGUGAACUCAGAUGACCUAAUAACCAAAGUACCAGGUUUUUUAGUCGAAGACCAAGAUGACAUGGCACAAGGAAGGGGAGCUCGUGUAGCUCAUCUACCUCGUUGGGUACAAAAACACGUCAAAGACAACCAAUGGGUUUAUGCUAAUAUAGGGCACGAGCUACGUUUGAGCAGCCGUGCCUCGUUAAAGCUAAAUAGUAUGAAUGUGGCCUCAUGUCAUGAUUUAAAGACAUACCUACAUCUUGUAAAUGGAUUCAUAUAA